GAGGAAUGGACUGCUUACCAGCACGCUACAGUAGACUUCAUUGUUGCCCAGGAGAGAGCACACACCAUGGCUGACUAACAGCAAGCAGAGAGACGGGGAGAGUGCUCUCCUACCUCCAUCUGAGGUUCAGCCGAUUCCUACACUAGUCGACCUUCUGAUUCCGACCUGUCCCUGGAGGAAGAUAAGGAGGCGUCUCGGCGUGAAGCCGAGCGCCAGGCUCAGCUGCAGCUGGAGAGAGCCAAGACCAAACCAGUAGCAUUUGCAGUGAAAACCAACAUGAGUUACUGCGGAGCCCUUUACGAUGACUGUCCAGUUCAAGGUUCUGCUGUUAUCUUUGAAACCAAAGACUUUCUGCACAUCAAAGAGAAAUACAACAAUGAUUGGUGGAUCGGUCGGCUAGUAAAAGAAGGAGCAGACAUCACAUUCAUCCCAAGCCCUGUAAAACUGGAGGCCAUGAGGAUAAAACAAGAGGAAAAAGCAGCUGCAAGGAAAGGAGGCAACGUGUCAUCAGGAGGCUGGAGGUCUACCCCUCCAUCUGCAGCUAAACAGAAGCAGAAACAGACAGAACAUGUCCCUCCUUAUGACGUGGUUCCCUCCAUGAGACCGGUGGUGCUGGUGGGCCCGUCUCUGAAAGGUUAUGAGGUGACAGACAUGAUGCAGAAGGCCCUGUUUGACUUCCUGAAGCACAGGUUCGAUGGCAGGAUCACCAUUACACGGGUGACUGCUGAUCUGUCUCUGGCAAAGCGUUCGGUGCUCAACAAGAAGGCCAUCAUGGAGAGAUCCAACACUCGCUCCAGUCUGGCGGAGGUCCAGAGUGAGAUUGAGAGGAUCUUUGAGUUGGCCAAAACUCUUCAGCUGGUUGUCCUGGAUGCAGAUACCAUCAACCAUCCAACACAACUCCUCAAAACAUCUCUGGCUCCCAUCAUCGUCUACGUCAAAGUCUCCUCACCUAAAGUUCUUCAGAGGCUGAUUAAGUCUAGAGGGAAGUCGCAAAGCAAACAUCUCAACGUGCAGAUGAUGGCCGGGGACAAACUGGCUCAGUGUCCUCCUGAUAUGUUUGAUGUAAUCCUGGAUGAGAAUCAGCUUGAAGAAGCAUGUGACCACCUUGCAGACUACCUGGAGGUCUAUUGGCGAGCGACACACCUGCCUUGUGCAGCCCCGGUUAACCCUCUACAAGACCAAAGUGUGGUCACACCACCUUCAGCCAACUCCAGCCAGCAGUUUUCAGAAACUCAAGAGCUGAUUGAGUGAUCACAGUCACAGAUGGAGGAUCAGCCUGUGCUGUCGGCUGGGCUCAGACCUUAUGGCAAAGAGUCAGAAAUGCCACCCGGGGGCAGCAGCAAAACCACCGCCUUCUCCAGACCUGGAGAAAAGUAAAACAAAAAAACAAGAACAGGGUCCAAGAACAAGAGAAGAUGCAAAUGCAAAGAGGAGGAAGAUGAAGCUGCAGCGGAGGAGCCACUGGCCCACUGCUGCCCCCCUGUGGGCAGAACCAUCUGCUCCCAAUGCCAAGCAAGAACUCAGGGCCGCCUUCUGCAACUGCACGCACGCACGCACACACACACACGCACACACACACACACACACGCACACACACACACACACACACACACACACACACACACACACACACACACACACACACACACACACACACACACACACACACACAGGUGACAACCAGCAAAGCAGCACAGCCGUUUACCUCCCGCCCCCUCCUCACACUAUUCUUCCCACCCACACCUUAAAACUGGUCCUCUCUCUCUCUCUCUCUCUCUCUCUCUCUCUCUCUCUCUCUCUCUCUCUCUCUCUCUCUCUCUCUCUCUCUCUCUCUCUCUCUCUCUCUCUCUCUCUCUCUCUCUCUCUCUCUCUCUCUCUCUCUCUCUCUCUCUCUCUCUCUCUCUCUCUCUCUCUCUCUCUCUCUCUCUUUCUCUCUCUCUGACACAAGCCAACCUGUGUAUGUUCGCACAGGUCCAGAACAAACACAGGCUGAUGCACUUCUCUCUGCAGACACAUUACACACCUGUGUAGUAAGUCAGAACAUGGUACAGUGCCGUGGCAAAAGGUGUCAGUGGAACAUACGUGUUUCCAGGGCAGGGCUCUGAUCCGCCUCUCUCCCCUCUGGGGUCAGGAGAGACGGAAAAUCAGUUCAGUAUGUCUUCCAUGUCUGCAGCUUCAAGUGAGCUGUCAUUCCAAGUGUUUAACCAAAUGCUUUCCUAAAAGAACAAUUCUGUCAGAGGACAAAAAAAAAGCACAAAGAAAACUGUUUCUUGUUCUUUUAUCGAUCUAAAUGCUUGUUAAUCCAAAUAGCCUCUUAAACUGCACUGAAACAAAAGAAACUAAUUAUUAUAUUUGCUUUCAGUAUAACUGAGUGAUCCAUGUAGAUGUCAUGCUAAAUCAUUUUAUAACAAGCACAGAACAUUUACACACUUUAGUCACUGCUGUGAAUGUUAAUUAAUGCUGACUGGUUUGAUCAGAGAGGAAUUUACACAUGAAGUGGAGGGGGUUAGAGGUUACUAAUAAUAAUACUUCCAACACAAAAAUACACAAAUACAAGUCAGUAAGUCAUACUUAGUUAUAAAUAUCUUAUAUAUAUUAUUAAAUAUAAUAAAUCCUGUGAAUUCUUGCUUAGAAGAUUGAAAUUUGUUUGACAAUAAAUAGAUGAAUUUAUUAGUGACAACGUUUGAUUCCCACAGAAAUAGAAGUCAUGACAGGAAUUGUUUCCUGUGGGAUUUAUUUUAUUUAACAAAUGUUUAAUAUUUUAUAAUAACUAUUAUAAUUAUAUAUUGUAUUGCAAAUCUUUAAAAAUAAUAUGAUGAAGCACAAGAAGUUCUUUAUAACAAAAGUCCCAAAAUAAGUUGAGCAGAAAUCAGAAAAUGUUAUGGUGAGGGUUCUUUAAUUAUUAGAGACAAUAAUCAAAUAUCUGGUAAUAGCAAAAAUAUGUGAACCUCUAAGAUUUUCAGGUUAUUAGAAGUUUGGAGCAUUGUUGUUCUCAGUAGAAUAAAACAAGAAACUAUUAAAAUCUGACUAGAAACUAAUUAUGAAACAAACAAAAAAUCUGGGUUUAAUGGUUGUGUUUAUAAAAUUAUCAAAAAUGUCAAAUUAAAACAUUUUCAGAUGCAACUAAAAUAAGUCUUUUAUAAUUCAAAUGCACCAAUGGUAAGGAUUUCUGUUGAUUUUGAUUCAAAGGUUUUCUUUAUUGUACAUAAACGGACAAACAUGGGGUUUUUACAAUCAUUAAGAUAACUAUUUAGAGAAUAAGUGUGUGCUCAUCUGAGUUAGUGGAUGAAAAUAAAAUAAAAUCAGUAGGUCUUUGUCGACUGACGCGUUUCUGCAAUAUUGCCUGGACAUCAGGGGCAGUUCCACUGGACUGGCAGACCAGGGUGGUGGUGGUCCCCCCGUUUAAAAUGGGAGACGCAGGGUAUGUUCCAACUACAGGGGUUCACACUCGUGAGACUCCCUGGUAAAGUAUUUAGGGGUUCUGGAGAGGAGAGUUCAUCAGAUAGUCGAACCUCGGAUUCAGGAGGAACCAAUGUGGAUUUUGUCCUGGACCGUGGAACACAACCAGCUCUAUAUCCUUAGGAUGGUCCUGGAGGGUGCGUGAGAGUUUACCCAACCAGUCUACAUGUGUUUUGUGGAUUUGGAGAAGACGUUCGACCGCAUGUCUUGGGGGUACUUUGGGAGUAUGGGGAGUCCUCUGAUAUGGGCUGUUAGGUCCCUGUAUGACCGGUGUCAGAGCUUGGUCCGCAAUGUCGGCAGUAAGUCGAGCUUGUUUCUGGUGAGAAUUGGACUCCGCCAAGAUUGCCCUUUGUCAUCAAUUUUGUUCAUAACAGGAUUUCUAAGUGCAGACAAGGCGUUGAGGGGAUUCGUUUUGGUGGCCUAAGUACUAAUUCUCUGCAUUUUGCAGAUGAUGUGGUCCUAUUGGCUUUAUCAGAAUGUGAUCUCCAGCACUGGAGCGGUUUGCAAAUCCGAGUCGGAAAAAGGUAGACUGCCUUCUCCGGGUCAGGGAUGAGGUCCUGCCCCAAGUGGAGGAGUUUAAGUAUCUCGGGGUCUUUUUCAUGAGUAAGGGGAAGAUGGAACGUGAAAUCGGCAGGCAGGUUGGUGCCACAUCUGCAGUGAUGCGGACGUUGUACCAGUCUGUCGUGGUGAAGAGAGAGCUGAGUCAGAAGGCAAAGCUCUUGAUUUAGACGUCAGUCUACGUUUCUACCCUCACCGUCGUCACGAGCUUUGGGUACUGAUCGAUAGAAUGAGAUCGCGGAUACAAGCGGCUGAAAUUAGUUUUCUCCGCAGGGUGUCUGGGCUCUCCCUUAGAGAUAGGGUGAGAAGCUCAGUCAUCUGGGAGGGACUCGGAGUAGAGCUGCUGCUCCUCCACAUUGAGAGGAGUCAGUGGAGGUCAUCUGGUUAGGAAGCUCCUGGACGCCUUCCUGGUGAGGUUUUCUGGGCACGUCCAAAUGGGACGAGGCCUAAAGGAAGACCCAGGACACGCUGGAGGGACUAUGUCUCUCGGCUGGCCAGGGAACACCUUGGGGUUCCCCGAAGGAGCUGGCCCAAGUGGCUGGUGCUUAGGCUGCUGCCCCUGCGAUCCGACCCAGGAUAAGCAGCUGAAAAUAGAUGGAAAACAGAGUGGGUGUUUAAUUUGCCUCCAUCAUUUGCUGUUAAUAACAAAAAGUAUUGUAAGCACAGAAAUACAAAAGCUUUCCUCUUGUUAAACUAAUGACUUCAUCUUCUCUGCCACACAUGUAAAUAAUCUACUGUAUGUGCAUGACAUAUUGUACUCCUGUCACAUCAGAAGGGCUUCUAGGAUCAUCUUCACUUGAGCAGUCACUUGUAGGAGUAAAUAAAACUAACACAUGUGUGUUACCAUGGUUACAAGCUGUGUAAAUAGUGUCCAUGGUUAUUAUUUAUAAAAAUUCCCCAAAAAGCUGCAAACUCUGACAAAAACUUUAAAAGUUUUGUCACAGCACACAUCAGACCAACAGCUUCAAAAGCAUGCGUUUCUAUGUAAAAUCCUCUUUUUUUAAAUGAUGCACCCUAAUUUAAAGUAAUCUUCACCCACAGCCACUUUUAAAGGAUCAGGUGUGAUUUAUAACUUCUACCCAAUGAAACUCAAAGAGCACGCCACCUCCUUUAGAUAAACGGCUUUUAAAGUGACAAUGUGUAGUUUUUGCCAUUAAUUUCUGGAAGUGACAUGUUGUUGUAAAUGAAUUAAAAGAUACUCAGUUGUUGAAAAAUAUUGGCGGUUUCAUAAAACAUAACCAUAAAAAUCGGGUCUAAACUACAUGAGAGCAGGUCUAAGUCUCUGGGUGACGCCAUAUUGGAUGCCAUGCUUCCUUCUGCGGAAGCCCGUGAGGACAGAAUGCAUUAACUGAUUUGUAUUAGUUACAAAACUUUACCAUUAAUAAAUGUUGUUCUUUUACACAUUUACGUCUUCACUCAUCGCAAGGGAAGAAAGGGAAUCUGAUGUUUUUAUUAUUUUGCUGGAGGAAGCUUUCCCAAGGAUUUUGACCCUAAUGACCAUCUGUUGGUAAGGUCUUACUUGAACACAAAAAUAAUGCUUGUUUGCAAUGAUUUAGGUAUCUACUGCCCCCUAUUGGCAGGUAAAAUACACACUGUCACUUUCACAUAGCAUAUUCUCUGUUGCUUGAUUUUCUACAGAAAGCAAACUAGUCUUUCAAUAUCCAAAAGCACAAUUUUUAUAAUUUUAUUUUUAUUAUUGCAUUUCACUCAGGAUGCAAUAUGACGUUGAGCAUUGACAAGACACUCGCUGAGGCUAUGGAGAUGUCUCCUGGGGUGGUGGUGGGGUAUAAUUGCACUACUAUAAUUUCUCUGUAUGCUUCUCGAUGCAAUAAACGCACUAAAGCUAUGCUGUUCUUACCUCAUUGUGAACAAGCAGCCUGGUCUGCUCCUGGUUUCUGACUGCUUAACAAGACAAAUGAUCCAACACUGUCUGAUGAUGAUGAUGACGAUGACGAUGACGACGAUGAUGAUGACGAUGAUGAUGAUGAUGAUGAUGAUGAUGAUGAUGAUGCACAUGAAAAGUGGCUUUGUCAACAGCACAUGUUAAGGAUGGAAUAAACAAAAACAUUGAAAUAA